AAGCAGUGAUGUGAUUGGCGGCAGCAGUCACCUGUCCCGCCGUUAUGAAUACGAUGUAUGACCUGCUCUAUCCUCCUCCCUACAUUAGACCGGGCCGCGCCUACAUCUCUCUGGCGCCAUUUUUGAGUUCCCGCCCGGAUCUCAGAAGAACUUCAGGCUCCUGCGUGUUUUCCUUCCCACCAUGCCAUUGAGGGUGCGCUCGGGAAACCGUCCAGCAGGCACCGCGGCCGACUCUACGAUGAAGGAGCUGCCGGACUGGAACCGGACGCGAACGGCGCUGCUGGAACUGGAGGGAAGACUGCGCUGCUCAGUAUGUUUGUCACUUUUAAGGGGGCCGGUGUGUUUGGGCGGCUGUGAGCACGUCUUCUGUAGGACAUGUGUAGAUGGGAGUGUGGGUAAUGAAUGCCCUGUAUGCCACACACCAACCUGGGUAAAGGAUGUGCAGAUCAACCGGCAGCUUGAUACCAUGAUUCAGCUUUGCAGUCAGCUGCAUAACUUACUGGAUAAAGGGAAGCAUAAUGGAAGUAAAGUGGAUUUAUGUCAACACGCAUCACUCAAAGAGAACACCGCAGAAGGAGAAUCUAAGAAAAAACAGAUAAAGAUGUGGUUUAGUCCCCGGAGAGGCAAGGUGAGGUAUGUCCUGGAACGUGAAGAAAACGACCAACAGAUUCCAUCAAACUGCGAACAGGCGCCAAUGUUGUCAAGUUAUGAUUUUGUCUCUUCUUCACCCAUUGUGGAGCAUGCGAAAAAGAAAACCGUGAAACGUGGGAAAACGAAGAAGAAGCAACUGGAGGACAUAAACCAAAAAUGGGGGAUUGGGACACCUAGUGAAAAUACUGCUAGCUUCAAGGUGGAUAACCAGGAAUCCAAUAGAUCGGUGUCCUUUUGCAGCCCUCCACAUAUUCUUCAGACGCCUGAUGAUAAAGUACUAGAAAGCGGUGAUGAAUGUAAUGAACUGAUUGAAAAUAGCCCAGAGAAGAUGGAGCUGGGGUUAGAAAAUAAUAGCCCAGAGAAGAUGGAGCUGGGGUUAGAAAAUCAUGGGGAUAUAAACACUACUGAGAACAACACCUCGAAAGAAAAUGAUAUUCUGAAGUCUGGCGAGUCUGCUCCUGGUGCUGGGCAAGAAACUGACUACAGCUUUGAACCGAAACCACAAGAAAAUGGACAAAAUAAAAGUCAGCUAGAGGAAACUGUGGAAGAUCGACCUAGUCCUAAAGAUUUGUGUACACAGCUAAAGAAUGAAUCUUCUGGAAAAACCAAGCGAAGAAGAACUCCUCUAAAACGCAAACCUCACCCAACUCCAUCUCCUAAUUCCCGUGCCUCAAAAUGCCCCAAAAAAGAAAAGCUGGCUGAUGAUUCCAAGUCAGAAGAUGAUACAGGUCUUGGAAAAGUCCGAAACAAUGAAGUAAAAAAUUCUCCAAAAGCAGAGCCAAAACCUAAGCCCUUUUCAACACCCAGAAGAAAGAGCCAACCUGGAACCAAUCUUCAGACUUCAGAAAUCAGUCCUUAUCAGUUUACAAAGAAGAACCAUAAGGGUGAGACAAUGCUACAUGUUGCUUCCAUAAAGGGUGAGGUGCGCGCGGUGGAGGAGCUCCUGAAGAGUGGUGCUAACCCCAAUAUUAAAGACAAUGCUGGAUGGACUCCUUUGCAUGAAGCCUGUAACCACGGGCACACUAAUGUGGUAGAGGUGCUGCUUCGACACCAGGCCCUAGUGAAUACUACGGGGUACCAGAACGACACGCCUCUUCAUGACGCUGUAAAGAACGGUCACGUAGCCAUCGUCCGGCUUCUUCUCCAGCACGGGGCUCUACAAGAUGCGGUUAAUAUAUUCGGUCUGCAGCCUGUAGACUAUGCCGAAACCGAGGCGAUCAAGUCGGCUUUGCUGCAAACGCGGACAGACAAGAAGCUGCACAGUCCGGGCCCUGCGCCAAAGGUAGCCCAGUGCAGAGAAGGAUCCCUCAUCAUUUUAGCAAGCGGUUUGUCUACUUCUCAGAGAACUGAUCUCAACAAGCUUGUGUCAUUAUUCAAGGCAGAAAUUUGUACCAACUACAGCAGCUCAGUUACUCACGUUAUAGUUGGAGAAGAACCUAUGCUACGUACCAUGAAGUGCAUGAUGGGAACAUUAUCUGGAUGCUGGAUCCUCCGAUGUGCUUGGGUAAAGACAUGCCUGGAGACAAAGAGACGAGAGGCAGAAGAACUUCAUGAAGUAGCCGGCGGGCCUCGCCGAGCUCGGCUCAACAGAGAACAGAUGCUGCCAAGCCUGUUGGACGGAUGUCAUUUUUACUUCCUUGGAUGUUUCAAAGAACACAGAAAGGAAGACCUAAUUGAACUGGUCAAAGCUGCUGGCGGCCAAAUCCUAAUUCGCCAACCAAAACCGGAUAGUGAUGUGACCCAAACUAUCAACACCGUAGCAUACCAUGCGGAUGCCGAUUCUGACCAGAGAUUCUGUACCCAAUACAUCAUUUAUGAUAAGUCUUCCAAAUUCAUCCCGGGCAGGGUGCGCCAAGGGAAAGUUUGGUUUGCCCCCUCAAGUUGGCUGAUUGAAUGUAUCACCAGCUUUCACCUCCUGCCAGUGCCUCAAACGUAGUAGAUCCUGGAUCAUUCAAGAUAUCCUGAAGAUACAGCAUUUGUUUAGACCUGCUGCCAUUCUAUAUGCUUUAGCAUGGAAAAACCAGUACAGUUGGCUGUGUUAUUCUUUUAUCUUCAUUAACCGAGCCGCUUUUUUCCCCUCAUUUGAUGUGGUUUUCCGUUUUUCUGUUCUCUUUCAAAUGCCUACCAUUCGGUGUCUGUCCAUUCUUGUCUCCAGCUAUCGUUUGUUAACAAUCAAAUAAAACGUGCCUA